CGCUUGGCACUGUUUGCUGCCAAGCCCAUCUGCUCUGUUCGCUCGGCGCUGCCUCGGUCUCUCCCGUUCCCCGUCUCCGCGCCGCCACGCCUGGAACUCCGCCCCCGUCGUCUCGCCGCGAGCCCGCGCCCGUUCCGGCGGCCGGGAGCUAUUACUGAAACGAGAUUAAGCGUAACCUGUGCUUGACCCCCUUGCUCGCAGCAGCCCGUGUCACCAGUCGGCACCGCGGGAUUAGAUAGGAUUCAACACUCUUCCAUGGCUGAGGAGGAGGCACGGAGCAUCCUUGAACGCGCCGCGGAGUCGUCCUUCCCACCGCUACACGCCGUUCACCAUCUCCUCUCCGUUGGGGUCUGUGUGCGCUGCAUCCUGCGCCUGCUCGGAGCCUAUAGCAGUGCCUGCUCAUUUGCAUCUCUUACGGCAUCAGUUUUGCAUUCGUUUCUUGAGGAGCAUGACAAUUCCAUAAAAGGAGGGUCAUGUUCAUGUCUGUCAGCAGAUGAUUCCUACUGCUCUGUCUGCUUGGGAGUAUUGCUGCCAGCCUGGCAUCGAGAAGAGGGUGUAGAAACGUCCCAUGGCGGUUUUCACAUUGACAGCAUCUCUUCAAUGAUAUCUCAAGUAGUGCAAAAGGAGAGUUACCUAGUUGACGAGUUCUCUCUAGAAAUUUCACUGCCUCCAGUCAUAGCUGCUAAUGAGCGUGCGGUUAGAUUGUACAUGAAACAAAAAUUUGGCAAUGAGAAUUGGUUCAAGGACAAAAUGUUUCCACAACAAAUCAUGUCAGUGAAGGAAGCCUUGCGACUUUUGAUGGUGCCAUCACUCGAGAAACAAAUGAAUGCCAAACAUGAUAACUGUUCGUUUAGAAUUCGCUUGACAUAUACUCAUGAUGAUGCUUCACAGAAGCUUCAUAGUUUAUUGCCGAAUGAGCACGGCCGUAAAAGGAAAACAGAUUCAAGAAAUGGAAGUGAUACUUCAAAUGAGGCUCAUAAAAGAAAUUCAACAGAUGGCAACAAUAAACAAAUAAGUGAAUCAGAUUCAUUCAUCUACAAGACUCUUGAGGGCAUCCAAGAUCAAGAAUUAUGUAAUUUAAUUCAGUUGCCUCCGGAAAAGGUGUCCAAACCCUGCCAUCUUGUGAUAUCUUGCAUGAGAUCCCCUAUAUAUAUUGGUGGAAGGUAUUUGAAGCUGUCAAGGAAUGUCAGUCAAUCAUGUUGGAUAAUAGAUGAUGAGAGAAUGGGGGAAGCUUCAGUUGAGGAGAUAAUUGGGGAGAACAUCCGUGUCAUCUGCAGAGGUGAUAGCUGCAAGUUCCAUGCUGCUGGAAGAGAAGACAUUGAUGUACGGAUGCUUGGAUCUGGUCGUCCAUUUCUAGUUGAACUAUUGAACGUUCGUUCCAUCCCAUCUGAAAUUGAAGUUCAACAAAUUGAAGACAGAAUUAACAACUCUGAAAAGAAAUAUGUCAGAGUCCGAAAUCUCAAGUUGGUAGGCAAUGAAAUAUGGACAAUGAUGCGUGAAGGGGAAUCAGAGAAACAGAAGCAAUAUACUGCCCUUAUAUGGACUUCUCGUGAAUUGGCGGAAAAUGAUCUACAUAAUAUAUCUGUUACGAAGGAUAUGGAAAUUGUACAGAAGACCCCAAUAAGAGUACUUCACCGUAGAAGCCCAUUAGAGCGGAAACGUAUUAUACACUGGAUGGAGAUUGAGAAAGUCAAAGGCAGCUCAAACUAUUACUUGUUGCAUCUAUGCACGCAGGCUGGAACAUACAUCAAGGAAUUCGUGCACGGCGAUCUUGGACGCACGCACCCCAGUAUCGGAGCCAUAUUUGGGUGCAGAGCUGAGAUUUUGCAACUCGACGUCACUGAUGUUAAGAUGGACUUCCUCCAAUAGGCCAUGCUCAAUUAGCACGGAUGGCUCUCGCGGGUGCCCCUGCAAUCUACACUAACAGGUCGCCACCCCUGCAGUCUUCUGCAGAUAAUGAGGCAAUGCAGCAUUGAGAAGCGGCUCCAAAAUAUGUUCCGCUCGCUGCCCGUACAAGCUCGGCUAUAUUUUUUUACUCCUGCGUUGUUGAGAAACUCAACAUGUUAUUCCUUGUGCUGUUGUACAAUGGCAUUAUAUGUACAUUGAGUAACACUGCGCAAUGCACGACUUUAUCUUUUUUUUUCC